UUUGGAUUUUUAUAUUUCAAGCAGUAUUAUACCGCCCUGCAACAAGUGUCACAUUUGUUAUUUGUUGUCAAUCUCUCUUCUCCCCUCUCUAAUCAACGCGAAUAUAAAUCGUAAACGUGUAUAAGCUACUGAGAAUAUUUUGCUUGCAUAUUAUCAGUUUAAAGUAGAUGUUGUUUUGAAAUGAACGAAUUACUGCCAUACAAAAUUGAAUAUUCUGAGGGCGACCGAGACUGUGAAAGGUGCAAAAAGCGAAUUUCACAACGUGCUUUACGGAUUGCAAUACUGGUCCCGUCAAAUGAGGGCAGCUUUCAACGUCCGGAAUGGUAUCAUAGCAAUUGUUUUUUUAAGAUUCGCCGCCCAGCCACUCAAACGGAAUUCAGUGGAUUCGAAUAUUUGCGUAUUCAUGAUCAAAAUGCAAUAAAAAUCCAAUUAGGUGGACACGACAACGAAUCGAAAAAUAUGGUUAAAAUGACCAGUGUUAAAGUUGAAUAUGUAAAAACUAAUCAAGAAUCGUGUGCCGAAUGCCAACGAAAUAUAGCUAAAGGUAAAAUGCGUUUCGAAGCCGUGUCAAAUGAUGAAAAUGAAAAUGUAAACUCGAAAUUGUAUCACGUCGGUUGUUUUGAUCGCCUGAGAUCAAAGCUGAAGUGGCUAAAUUUAGCUGAAUCCAUAAUUGGUUUCCAAAAACUAACUGAUGAGGAUAAAGAAUUUAUCAAGAAGCGGUUCUCGGUGAUAAAGUCAAAUUCCGCAAGUAAAUGUGGUUUGAAAAGAGUAGACAUUGUUCCAAACGCCAUAGCGCGCAACAACAGCCAACCUCUGCGUAAUAUGGAAUUCAUGGCAAUUGAGAGUUGGGCAAAAAGGAAAGAAAUCGAAAGGAUUGUCGAAAGGAUGGGAGGAAAGGUUGUGAGCAGAAUACAUAGAAAAUUGGCAGCUGUAAUUUCCAAUCAAGAAACUCUGGAAAAAAUGGGAAGAAUAAUUGUUAUCGCCAAGAGUUACAACAUUCAAGUCGUUUCAGAGAAUUUUUUAAUCGAAGCACAGCACAGUGAUCCACUUUGGUAUAUCAAAAAUUACAGUCUGUCUAAGUGGGGAGGUGAUCCGUACGCUCGCAUUGAAUCGAACAAAAAAUUGGCGGACAUCAAAUCCCCUCCACCAACUGCAGCUAUUCAUCAAUCAAAAGACCAAAAUGGUACUAAUGGAAAAAGCCGACGGAAUGAAAAUGGAAUAGUACCAUGGCGGGAAGAAUCAACAAUGAAUAAAAAAGCAAAUAAUUUGAAAACAGUCAAUCAACAUGACUCAGAUGAUAAGCCCGAUCCAGAUUCCAAAGAUCAAAAUAAUGACACCACUUCAGAGUUGCAAUUGUUAUUGACUACAGCUCAUACUUCUUCUGAUGGGGUUAUGAAUCGGAUUGAGGGAUUGAACGUGUUUUGUAAUCAUUACAAGAACGUGAAAGAAUCUGAAAUCAAUGGUGACAAUUCGGAGUCUUUAUGCUCCUAUUUUGGCGGUUUAAAUGAUGUAUUAACGCAGUUUAAAACAAUGCUUGACGAAUUGGACGUGAAACAUAGUGGAAUUAAGGUGAUGCGAGAGAAUGUCGAAAACUUGAACCGAUAUUUGGAAACGGCCAAAGUCUUGAUUGAGACGAAAAAGUUCUCAGAGGCGGUUGAAAUUUACACUACAGCACUCGAUAUGAAGCUAUUAAACACGAUGUCCACCUUUGAGCUCUUGUUCGAGCGUGCGUUCGCCAAUUCCAAGACUGGAAACUUUCGUAACGCAAUCGAUGAUUGUACCAAGGCAUUGUCCAUCAAUUCAGCUCAUAUCAAUUGUAAAUUGCUGCGAGCCCAAUGCUAUUAUUAUCUUGAGAAUUUUGAAGCAUGCAUUCGAGAUUACGAGUCGGUACAAAGUUCCACCGAAAUUCAAGAAAACACUGAAAGACUCGAUGAAGUGAGCUCAAAACUCGAAAGUGUUAGAAAUGAAAUGCAACGAAAACUAGCUGAAGAUAAAAAUUCUACCGGAAAACGCCUAGUUUCAUCACUCAAAUAUCAUGCAGCUAAGAAAUUUUUUUCAGAAGCGAUUGAAUUAUGGCCAGACAAUGUAAUUUACUAUCAAAAUCGUUUGAAUUGCUUAAUUCGAAUGGGAGAAUACAAACGGGCUCUACAAGAUUGUCAACGUAUUAUUUCUAUCAAUCCAAAUUGUGGGUUUGCAUAUGAGCGGCAGGCUAAGUGUUGUUUAAUUCUCGGUGACUAUGAUGGUGCUGAACGAGCGAAUAAAAAACUUGAAGAGCAUCCCACUUAUGUAACAGUUUGCAAUAAAUACAAAGAUUUGUGCGUUCGGUUAAGACAAUCUGAAAAUGUCGCCAAUCAAAACUAUCAAAGUCAGAGAUUUUCGCUUGCAGUUCAUGCAAUUAAUCGAGGCUUAAAUAUCUUGCCCGAAAGUGUGCAUCUCAAAUUGCUGAAAGCUGAGUAUUGUAUGCACCUUGGUCAACUCGAGGAAAUACGAAAACUGGAAGUUGUGCCGGAUAUUGCAUAUGCCGAUCGGUGUUAUCUGAAAUGCCUCUGUUUCAACCAUCAAGGAAAUUUAAAACAGGCCUUAUCGCAAUUAUCGAAGGGGCUUGAAGAUGAUUCCAGCCAUGACAGAUGUAAAUUAAUGCAAACAAAACUCAAAAAUAUUAUCAAGAAGAAAACAAAUGGAGAUGAUUUGUUUGCUGAACAAAAAUAUCGUGAAGCGGUUGCAAGUUACACAGAAGUACUGGAAAAUAUAUCAUUCAAAAAUGAAUUUGUGUUUAAAAUUUUGAAUAGUCGGGCCUCAGCACAACUUAAUCUGUUAGAACACGAUCUUGCGCUCAGUGAUUGUAUCAAAGCACUAAAUAUCAAACCGAAUCACAUUGAUACUCUCCUAAUCCGGGCAGAAUGCUAUCAAUCGAUUGAUAAUUUUGAUGGUGCCAUCAAAGAUUACAAGAGUGCAUUGAGCAAUGGACGAAUCAAUAGCCAACAGAUGGACGAUAUUCAAUCAAAAAUCAAAAUGGCACAGAGGCACAAAGAUGCAAGUGAAAAGAAACGUGCUGGCGAUGAGAAAUUCGCUUUGAAUAACAUGCCAUUCGCAUUAAAGGACUAUGACGAUGCUAUUGCUUUGUGGCCAGAGAAUGUUUCAUAUUACGAUAAACAAGCCGCUUGUUACGUGAGAAUGGGAAACUACAAUAAAGCCAUUGAAAUUUAUAAGCUAGCGUUGACAAUCAACAGUAGUCACUGUGAAGGUCACUAUGGCCUAAUCAAAAUGUAUAUAGCACUGGGCGAUGUCUUUUCCGCUGAAAGAACUAUCCAAAAUUCUUUCGAAUUUGUACCGAAAAAUGAUUAUGUCAUUAACAAGUACAAACGAGAAUGUACGGAUUUAAAAGCAUUAGAGGAAAAGGCAAUGGAAUGUUAUAACAAGAAGGAUUUUUCAUCUGCACUUUCUAAGAUUGAUUUGGCACUAAAAAGUGCACAUCGAAGCCUUAAAUUUAAAUUGUUGAAAGGGGAAUGCCUUGCUUUACUUGAACGUUAUGAGGAAGCAGAGCAAAUCGCCAUAGUAUGCCAAAUGUCCGAUCCGAAAAAUGCAGAUGUCGUUUAUAUCCGUGCCUUAUGCUGGUACCAUAAAAAUUGGCAGGAAGGAAUCAAACAUUUGAAAAAUGUAAUCCUUCUGGAUCCGGAUCAUAAAAAAGCAAAAUCGUUGCUCCGAAAUGUAAAGAAUUUUGGGGAGAAGGAAAAACUUGCUAACGAAAUCUUUCAACGAGAACAAUAUCGAGAAGCAAUUGGAGAAUUCGCUGAAGCUCUCGAAAUGUGUCCGAAAGAUAACAAACUUAUUGCAAAUUUAUUGUACAAUCGGGGUUCAGCCAACUUAAAAAUUGGACUUCUUCGUGAUGCAAUCAAAGAUUGUACGAAAGCAAUGUCAACUGACCAAUCCAUCUACGCUAAAGCUUUGCGUAUUCGUGCCCAAAGUUAUAAGCACAUGAGAAAUUUCUCGAAAUGCGUUAACGAUUACGAGGAGUUAGUAAGACUUGAAAACACUACAAUGGACCGAACGAUGCUAAUUGAUGCGAAGAUGAACUUAGCAAAAUCUCGAUCAAACAACUAUUAUGACAUAUUAGAUAUUCCAAAGACUGCCACUGCACCUGAUAUUAAGAAAGCAUACCGCAAACUCUCAUUAAUUCAUCAUCCAGAUAAACAUGCAGAUGCAUCGGAGCAAGAGAAACAUGAGCAACAGGAAAUAUUCAAAAAGAUAAACGUUGCUUACGAAACUCUAUCGAAACCCACGAAAAAAAUGUAUUACGAUCAAGAAAAUUGAACAUUAUAAAUUGUUAUGCAUUUUAAUUCAUUGAAAAUAAGACUUAUGGUUCAAUGAAUGCAAUUUUGGUCAUUCGAUGUAAUUGAUAUUAAACUAUUUUACCUCUCCUUCCAUUUUCGAAACUUUCUUGAAGCAAUAAAGACAUAACAAUUGAAAAUUAGAAUUAAA